UUGGUUUUUUUUUUUUUUGUUUCAGAUGAUCUGCUGCUCGAUCCGCUAUACAGUCCGCAAACUAUACAAAUCGGAAAUCAUCCUGACAGCCCAAUACACAAUGUGCGGCAGGUGCUUGAAGCAAAUCCGGAAGAAAACCCGCCUAUUUAUACAGAAAUGCUUGAUCUGGACCGAAAUAACAAGUCCGGAAGGCACUGGAAGCAAGUAGCGAGGUACAGAUGCUUCACAUGUUUGUUGUUUUCGUGGAUAAAAUACGAGCAGUCAGUGGAAGGCGAUGGUACUCGGUUUUCAAAGCCACAUGUCACUCUGUUAUCUGUACUCGGGCUAAUACAGCUCAAAAAUUGCCUUCGUAAGGGGAUCAUCUUGUUGGAUGUCGAAGCGCAAUCCUGCACCGAAAUUGCAGAAAAAUUAUGUGCUGCUUGGGUGGACCGAGGUUUGGUGGAAGCGGAAAAUGCGGUAGCUGUAAAAGAUUUACUGCGUUGUCCAAAAUAUCAUUUGGUUGGCAAGCAUAUGCGUCCAUCCGCGGAGAUCGAGAAAGAUGCAGGAUGCAUGUGGUGGAUAAAAUAUGAGCAGUCAGUGGAAGGCGAUGGUACUCGAUUUUCAAAGCCACACGUCACUCUGUUAUCCGUACUCGGGCUAAUACAGCUCAAAAAUUGUCUCCGUAAGGGGAUCAUCUUAUUGGAUGUCGAAGCGCAAUCUUGCACUGAAAUUGCAGAAAAAUUAUGCGCUGCUUGGGUGGACCGAGGUUUGGUGGAAGCGGAAAAUGCGGUAGCUGUAAAAGAUUUAUUGCGUUGUCCGAAAUAUCAUUUGGUUGGCAAGCAUAUGCGUCCAUCCGCGGAAAUCGAGAAAGGUUGCAGUUUUAUGAACUUUUUUGAGUUUUUUUUUUAUGUGUUUAUGCAGAUGCAGGAUGCAUGUGGUUAG